GCACAAGAACAUGAUGGGUCGAGUUGGGGCUUAUGAAAGGCAGCAGGAUGACAUCGGGGAAGAGAAUGAAACAGCUAUGGCACCCAGCAUGUUAGGCCAAUACAUGCCUCAGUGGAAAUGGAAACCUUCCUACCUGAUUUAUAUACUGCUGGCAAUUGCUUAUCUGCUGAUCAUCAUAUUGUUUGGGAUUGUGGCUUCCAAGGUGCCACCACCUGCUGCACACUUGAACAAAUCGGACAUCAAACCAAUGCCUCAACAGGAUAAUGGAAUGGCUUUGUGUGAUUCUAGCAGCACACAAUGGGUGCAAUUCAAUGGAAAGUGCUACUAUUUCUCCCCGGAGAAAGCUACCUGGAUGCGAGCCAACAGAAAAUGUGAGGAGAAACAUUCACGACUUGUCAUCAUAAAGAGUAUGGCUGAACAGAAUUUCCUCCACAGCCGGACCAACAACCAACGUUACUGGAUAGGACUCAGUGACAGGAAUUUUGAAGGAGAGUGGAAAUGGAUGGAUGGAAGUGACAGUCAAAAUGGCUUCACCUAUUGGGGAGAAGGAGAACCCAACGACAAUAGUGAUGGUGAGGACUGUGCACAUCUCUGGAUGAAUGGACAAUGGAAUGAUGUCUACUGCACGUAUCCAUGCAACUACAUUUGUGAGAAGCCUGCGCAAUUAUGAAAUGUCCCCAUGGCACAGAGAAAUUGUUGUCCUAACUGUCUACUGCUGCAGACAUUAUUCGAAUGCAGAAGACAAAUCAGACAGAAAUGGGUAUAAGUCAAAACCAGAGGUUUAUUCUCAAUGGCCAAAAAAUAUGUCUGCGAAGAAAGCACUCCAAAGUACUGACAUACUGCAAUUGUGAGCACAGAACACUUUGUUUUCAUUUGACAGAUAUUCAAGAAACCCAUGCCAGCUCCUGAUUGGUUGAAAAAUUGUCUGGCUUAGGAUUUGGGUUCUGAGUGGUUCAGGACUCCAUCUGACGUCAACACCGGUUGGCUCUUUAUAGUGGCA